AUGCUUCGCUUUUCACGCCACUUCGGGACUUCUCUCCGCAGCCUUGCUAACCCUUCGAGGGUCGCUCGUGCCUCCACAUCUCAUCCCGUCCCGUCCAACCCUCAGAUGGCAUUCCCGUGUCUUGACAGAAUUGAAAAGAAAAACGCCCUACUCCAACUGAAACCGGCGGCAAAUUCGAUGGAAUCAGGCCCUGAACCGUCGUACUCUCGCAUCCAGUCGGGUUACAAGACCUUCCACCUGAAAGAGCCCAUCUUCCUCGACUAUGGUGGCUACCUUCCGGAAUUCAAGAUUGCGUAUGAAUCCUGGGGGACGCUCAACGCCGCUAAAGACAACAUGAUUCUUGUCCACACGGGGCUUUCAGCUUCCUCUCAUGCUAAAUCUCAAGAGGCCAACCCCGCCCCCGGCUGGUGGGAAAACUUUAUCGGCGCAGGGAAGUACCUUGACACAGACAAGUACUUCAUUGUGUGCACAAACGCUAUUGGUGGGUGUUACGGCUCUACGGGGCCUUCGUCCUUCGAUCCAGCUGAUGGUGAGAGGUAUGCCACUAGGUUUCCCAUCCUCUCCAUCAACGAUAUGGUGCGGGCACAGCACUGCAUGGUGACGGAAGAGUUUGGCGUGGCAAAGCUUUUCGCCUCCAUCGGCGCCUCCAUGGGCGGGAUGCAGAGUUUGGCAUACGCGUCGGAGUUUCCCGAAGCGGUGGGAAAGGUGGUUUCGAUUUCAGGCUGUGCUAGAUCGCACCCGUACUCCAUUGCGAUGCGCCACUGCCAACGCCAGGUGCUCAUGGCGGAUGCUAACUGGAAUAGAGGCUUCUACUACGAUGGUGUGCCUCCCCACGUAGGCAUGAAGUUGGCCAGAGAGAUUGCCACGAUCACGUACCGCUCUGGGCCAGAGUGGGAGCUCAGAUUUGGGCGCAACAGGGCUGAUAAUUCCCAAUCACCAGCGUUGUGUCCGGACUUUCUCGUUGAAACGUACUUGGACCACCAGGGAGAAAAAUUUUCUCUUGAGUACGAUGCCAAUUCCUUGUUGUACGGUUCCAAAGCAAUGGACUUGUUCGAUCUUGGGAUUAAGAAUCGUUCCCGUGCGUUGAAGAAGAGGACAGAGACCGAGUCGCAGAACCUAGGCCAGGGACAGACUGGUGUCUGUGCCUUGCCUAGCCAGCCGUACCAGGAGAAGCACCAGGCGACAGAGACCCCGGAGGAGUCAUUGAACGAUUUGGUCCAGGGGUUGAAGCCGAUCAGCCACAAGCAAAUCUUGGUGAUUGGUGUGGAGAGCGACAUUUUGUUCCCGGUUUGGCAGCAGAGGGAGAUUGCCGAGGUGCUUCGCAAAGGGGGUGAUGGAAGGGGGAUUGAAUAUCACGAGUUGACGAACGAAGACAGCAUGUAUGGGCACGAUUCGUUUUUACUCGCGUUAGAUGAUAUUGGAGGGCCGGUUAGAAGAUUUUUGGAGAAAGCAAGUGUGGAGUAG